AAAUGUUAACCCGGCAAACGUGCAUUCCCGCUUUCCUUCCUACUGCCUCGAAAUGAUCACGGGUCCCAGAGGCUAGAGCAGUAGGUACUAAACCCUACCUGUCCUCUUCGCGGGAGCGUUGCCGACUUGAAGAAACGGCUUCCUGCGAAAGAGAACCCUUUCUUAAAACUAGCUUAUCGUUUCGGAGAACAAGAUGGGUAAGGGUAGUCUCUACACCUCCUUUCCUGCCACCUGCUUGCUCGUCGUAAACGUGCGAUGCUUCGCCGCGUCUCCAACCGCAAAAAUCUCAGAUAAUCACCGCGAGGUAGUGAGUUGGUUGAGCUGGUCGAGUGUAAACAAUUCUUCUCUCCCUUGUAAGGUGGCUUCCCGAGCUCCCGGCCCGGCUGCUAUGGUGACGGCGACCGGGUUUUGAGCUUAGAAGUGAGUGAUAAGAAACGGCUUUUCCUACAGGAUUGUUU